AUUGACAGAAAGAUUUUGGUUGCCUUGCCAUACGUGUUAGGUUAUUACAUUUAGCUUAAAGGACGUAAUUAGAUUUAACUGUUUACGAGACGUUUCCGCUACAUUGGUGAAACCUUUGAAAUGUAGAGACAAUUCAUCGAUGUAAUUUAAUUUUGUUUCUAGCACAAGUUAUUAAAUACAAUGAGAGUUGACCCUGGACCUAUUCUAUGACGUGGAGCGAUGUCUUUGGACCCUGGUGCAUCUGCCAAAUCGAAAGAAAACGAUGAUGAAAAAUUGCAUAGCUGUCAAAAAGCUAGCCAAAGUUAUAGCAAAAUGUUUAUUGUUGGAAGGGAGUUGUGUUUCCUACUCCUCAUUGUGUUCACAACCUAUGCCUCAUUUAAUUCCAAUAUUGGGAGUGCCCCUGCUCCGGCCCCGUUCUUCCCACAAGGCUCACUGGUUGCCGACUACUUCCGGGGAGAGCUGGAGGCAGCGCUGGUUCGGGCAAGUGAGGGUGACAUAUCGUUCAUCAUGUACUACGCACCAUGGGAUGCAGACAGUCAGGCUGCCCGUAGACACUUUGACACUGCAGCUACCCAACAUUACCAACAGGUGUACUUUGCUGGUAUCAACUGCUGGCAACCAAAAAGUGACUGCAGGAAAACGCUUGACAAAAUACAACAGUUUCCCAAGCUAGUGGCCUAUAUUACACACGAGACCGGUGUGGAAUAUCGUGGUCCACGUGAACACCGGUACAUGAGUGCAUUCCUGGAAGGUAUUAUGCGACCAUUACACCGCGUACAUGGACAAGCAGACUUGGUCAAUCUGAGGAGUGCCUAUAACGUAGUGGUAGUGGCCUACCUGAACUUUCAAGGAAUGCGUGGCGGUACGCCGUACCGUGCAAUGUACGAGACUGCACUCAAAUUCCUAGAACGGGAUGUCAGACAAGAGAUAGCAUUUGCUGUGGUGACUAGCUUCAAGACCACAGUGGAGAUGGGAGUAGACAGAAGCCCCUGCAUCAAGCUCUACCUCUGGAACGAGACUUUGGACUACCCUGGCCACUUCUCAGCAGACCAGCUGACAGACUGGGUGACAUCUCGGCUACAUCAGGUAUCACUGUGGCUAUCACCACCAGGUGUGAAAAGUCUCACACUCGCACCAUACGUCACCCAGGGUCCUGCCCUCGUCAUGUUCACCCCACUGGAGAAUUUUGUAAUGUACGACAUGCUCCGUGAAGUUGGGUUGGAAUACUACAAUUGCAACAAUAGUUCUGAGAUAUCCCAACUGGCUCAGAAUAUAUCCAAUUUUGUUUCUGAGAGGAUAUCACGUGCACGACGUACUUCACUGAGCUGUCAAUCGCGUAGCUUGGACUACGCCCCCACGGUGCAGGUACUAAACAACGUGUGGAUUAACAGCAGCUGUGGCAAGCACCGUGCUUUACCUCAGUGUAGCGGACACAUGGGAUCAUGUCUGGGGGUCCAGAAAAAUAUGUUAAGCUCUGUGAUGACUCGAGAGCCUGAUCCAUUGUCAGCUUCCUCACUGGUGGACUGGGCUUGGAGGCGGGGUUGUCAAUUGCUGCUGCUCCCACCGUCCCGUCCCACUGCCACUCCCCUUGCCCCCGCUGUUAAGGGCUUAGCGUGUACACAGAACCGCUCUGUUAGUCUGUUAGCCAUGGAUUCUGCCCUAUUUGCGCACUUUGCACGUGGUCUGGGACUUGACACCAUGGAAAAGGAUCAGACUCGGGUUGUUCUCCUCAACUCUCAGAUGGAGACAACACAUGUCCUGGAUGGAUCUGUAACUCGAGCUUCACUUUCACAGUUUCUUGUAGACUUUGUCCAGGGAAAACUUGAAAGGUUUCAGCGCAGCCAGGCUUCCUGUUCAUCCUCCCCCGAGCUGACACCUGUAGUGUCUGUAACAGAACUGACCACCGAGACCUUCAUACCAGUUGCCUUCAAUGAUUCAGUGAACGUUGUGGUGAUGUUCCAUUCUCCGUACUGUGCCUUCUGCCAUGCAGUGGGCCAUGUUUACCUGACAACUGCACAGAUACUGCGCCAAGUGCCCACAUUGGUAUUUGCGCGAGUGGAUGGAGAAAACAAUGACCUACCAUGGCAGUUCACUGCUCCCCAGUAUCCAAGUGUUCUGUUUUUUCCCGCUCGCAGAAAAGCCGAGUCCCGAGUGUUUGCUGGCCGCAGUGGCAUCACUGUUGAAGCCCUGACACAGUUUGUGUUGUCUAACUUACCCCUGGAACUGCGGUUGGUAGCUAUGCUGCAGUUGUGUCAACGUUACAGCGACAAUCAGUUUUCCACAAGACGGAAAGAAUGUCUGGUCGACAUACGAAUGGAAGUAUUGGAAGCGAUUUCAGAUCAUCUCAGACGUUACAGAAGCAUUUCCUUGCGACUCCAGCCUUCCAGGCAGAGGAGAGCAGCUCAGCGUCAAGUACUAACAAGGCUACAGCAUCUGAAGCAGUUACAGUUUGCUCUCAGCUUGGACUCUGCUAGAAUAUCAGAGUUUGUGGCACAGUUUAUCCCAGAUUCAGUUUCCGAGCAGAGAUUACCUAAGGACGAACUAUGACAACAUCUUCUAAAUAAGACUAGCCUAACUAAUUAUUGUAAUAUUUCAAAACUAUUGCUAAAUCAUCAUUUCAUCAUUGUUCGAUGACAUUUCAAGUUUCCUUAAAAGUGUUAAACAAAUUGGUCGAAAAUAGACAAUUGUUCAACUGACCAUUCCUAUGUAAAUUUUCAAUACAAUGAUAAAUUUCAAAUGAUACAACAUUUGAACUCUUGUGUAGCGAAAUACUGAUUUGUUAUUACAUUUUUUUGAAACACAUUCUCUCAUGUAUGAGGAUUUUUUUACAUUUUAGUUUUAUAAUGUGU